AUGGCGUCCGCAACGGUGGGCCUGCUGCAGUCCAAUAGUCAUACUAAAUGGAAGCCUACUCCAGAAAAGAAUGAAGUCUACCGCAAGAUCAUGCAGGAUAGCACCUGGGCCGAUGGGCUCCGUGGCAUCGCUGCCGUCUACGUGAUGUUCUCUCAUAUGACCCUCGCCUUUGCCCGCUAUAUCGUCGCCCCCUGCAUAUCGGAGAAUGGCCCAUCGCACCUCAUGCAAAAACCUAUAUUCCGACUCGUCGCUCAGGGCCCUGCCUGGGUCGCCUCAUUUAUCAUCCUCUCUGGUUUCGUCAACUCCCUUCGUCCUAUCAAAUUAGCCAAAGCAGGACAGGUGGAAUCAGCUUUGUCCAAUCUCUCAACCAGCGCCUUCCGCCGGAGCUUCAGACUGUUCCUUCCGGCUCUCGCUGCCACGGUGGGAAGCUGGGUUAUGUGCCAGAUGGGAGCAUACGAGACCGCUAGGAAUAGUGAUGCAUAUUGGCUUUCCAUCACAAGUCCGAAAAGAAGUCAGAGCUGGGGUACAGCUAUUGAUGAUUUGAUAAGAGCUGUGGUAAACACAUGGACCUUUGAUCCGAACAAUAGCUACGAUCAGCCACAAUGGGCACUACUGUAUUUGCUCUUGGGUAGCAUGAUUUGCUUUACCUGUCUGUUGACUGUUGUCAAUUUGACAUCAAGAUACCGCGUCCUCGUCGUCCUGGCCUGUUGGCGUUGGGGUUUCAAUUGGGAUGUCAAAAUUGGCGCUCGUACGUCUUGUCAUCUCAUACAGCAGCAUCCAUGCUAA